AUUUUGACGAUCAGCCUGACAUUACCUCGACUCCCCUGCUGGACAGGGUUGCUCUCUUGCUUUCUUUCUUUUUAUUCUCCCAUAAACGAUCGAAUUUCCCCCCACUUCAGGUUCACGGCUAGAACACAGUCUCCAACUCGCCAAUUGUAUACCUCGAAGCCAGCCUCCGCAUUGCAUGAGUACUUGUCUCGGACAGCUCCUAUUUUGCUUAUUGUCCCUAGUGAUCGCAACUGGGUCAUUUCCUUGUGAAAAUUAUAUCUGGGGCAUUCUUCCAUUGGCGUACGCCCCACUCGGAUUUACUGUCCAAUAUUGCGUCCGUCGACGUUGCACUACUCGCUCUCAACCGUGCCAGAAUAGAGAACCCCCUUUACUUCACAUUGAUCGUCAACAUGUACAACCGCAACGUCCCAGCUCCAGGUCCUCACAGCCGCAAUCCGAUUGUGAUCGACGACGAAAGUGAAGACGACGACAUGAACGUCGAUUAUUCCGGACGGCAAACUCAUCCACCCGGGAUCGGUCUCGAGAUGAACCGCAUGCGCGGCCUCUCAAACUACCACACAACCAUCGAACAAGAAAAGAAAGUGCGCAGCCGUCUCCGCGAAGAAAGACACGCUGCGCUUUGUGUCCUGAUGGACCGGGAACUUCUCACCGUGCAAGCAUUGGCCGCGCAGGAGACUCUUCCCCAAGCCCGUCGCCGCUUCUUGUCCAAACUUAUUGCGCCCGAAGACCCCGAGGUAGCGGCCUCUAUCCGCUCGGACAUUUUUAUCGUCCAGAACCAGUCCUCUCCAUCUCCAUCGAGUAAUUCGGCCUUAGUUGUUCAUCGGAGUGUUGUUGACGUUCACGAAACGGAUGAUGAUGGUUGGAGGCGGCCCACCGACGCUGGAGGAUCCGCGUCUGCGUUCUCAUCGCCUGCUUCUUCGUCGAAGAAUAAGGGGCGGUUGUCGACGCCAGAUCGGGCGAGAGGUAAGGGGAAGGCGGCCGCUGGAUCUGGAUCUGGAUCUGGCUCGGCGGGUCGGGGCCAGCAUUUGAGAGAGAGGGAGAGGAGAAGAAGAUGGAGUGGGGCUGAGAGGGAGGAUGAGUUUGGGGUUUCGUCGUCUUGAUCUUUGUUCUCUUUGUUCUCUCUUUCUCUUUCUUCUCUAAGUUAUCGAUGGACAUUGUUUCCUAGAUUUAUGCAUUUAUUUUGUAUGGAUGAUUGAAAGAAAUGAAUAUUCACAAUGGGCUCAUGUAUAUAUCCCUAAGGCCGUCCCAUCCGUAAGAUAUCCUGAUCGUCCCAUAAUCUACUAUACAAAAAAGACAGACAACA